AUGAAUGAACCAGUGUUAAUUAGUAUUGAAAUACCAGAAAAUUUAAAAACAAUAAAUGGAAAGAGUAUUGAAAAGAAAGAUAUUAAUAAAUUUAUUAUUCCAUCAACAAUCACUGAAAUAGGAGAUAGAUGUUUUCUUCAAUGUUCAUCAUUAAAAUCAAUUAAAAUACCAACAAGUGUUAGUAAAAUAGGAAAUAGAUGUUUUUCUGGAUGUUCAUCAUUAAAAUCAAUUGAUAUACCAACAAGUGUAAUUGAAAUAAAAGAUUACUGUUUUUAUGAAUGUUCAUCAUUAAAAUCAAUUAAUAUUCCAUCAUCAAUUACAUCAUUUGGAGUUUUUUGUUUUUAUGGUUGUGGAUGUGAAGAAGAAUUGAAGAAGAAUGAAACAAUACCAAAAUAUUGA